AAGUUCCAGAAGUUCCAACAACAGUAGAUGAAUUAUUACCUUAUUUAGAUCCGAUAUAUUAUACCGCGUUACUCUCGAACAAAACCGUUCCCGGGACCGAAGGUAAUAAAAACGCAUGUUAUUAUAUUUCAACUCCUCAACCGGAAGAUAAUAAGGGGAUUGGAAAUCAAACAAUUUCAUGGUCAUGUCCAGCUGGAUAUUUCUGCUUGGGUCCGGGAAAACCGGUGAAAUGCACUGCAGGUUUCAUAUGUCCGGAGAAUUCUGCACAACCUAUGUACUGCUGCCCUGGUUAUUAUUGUAAUGAAGAUGCAACGGAAAUAAAUAUAUGCCCUAAAGGAUCAUUUUGCACCGUUGGAUCUGUUGUUCCGGUACCAUGUCACAAUUUAGCUUAUUGUCCAGAAGGCUCAAAAAGGGCAAAUAGAUAUUAUGUUCUUGGUCUAUUCGUUUUUGCAGCCAUCAUAAUUGCUAUAUUAUUCGCGGUUAACAAAAAGGCAAAUCAGUUGAAAACUUCCAAGUACAAGAAUUUGUUAAAUGAACAAAAAAUGAGUCAUGAAAAGUCAUUAGAUCCUGUAACUAAAACCUUUGAUAUCGAAUUUGAAAAUCUUGGUCUAGUUUUACCUAAUGGCAUUGCAAUCAUGAAAGGAGUGACUGGGAAGCUUUCGCACGGCAGAUCAUGUGCGAUCAUGGGUCCUUCGGGUGCCGGAAAAACUACAUUUGUUUCUCUCUUGACCGGCAAAGCGAAAAAGACAAGUGGUGUUAUAAAAAUAAAUGGUGUGAAAGAAAACUUGAGUAAAUAUCGUAAACUUAUAGGAUUCGUGCCUCAAGAAGAUGUAAUGCUUCGAGAAUUGACUGUACGAGAAAUUCUGGUGCAUUCCGCAAUGAUGCGUUUACCAACUGACAUGGUUCGUGCUGCAAAAAAACAAAAAGUGAUUGAAACUAUAAGAUUCUUGGAAUUAAGUCACGUUAUGGAUACGAUUAUCGGCAACGAAGAGCAAAGAGGCAUCUCUGGUGGACAACGUAAACGUGUAAAUAUCGGAAUGGAACUUGUGGCCGAGCCUUCAAUCCUUUUCUUGGAUGAACCCACCUCCGGUCUUGAUUCUGCAACUUCACUAGAAGUUUGUAAACUUUUAAAAAAUAUUGCACACCAACAAAAACUUUUGGUCGCAGCAGUUAUACAUAGUCCAAGUCCGCAAGCAUUCAAUACAUUUGAUGAUUUCUUGCUCCUUGGUAAAGGCGGAAGGAUUGUUUACUUUGGUCCACGAGAAAAUGCUUUAGAUUAUUUCCAAAAUCUCGGUUUUGACUGUCCACGCGAUGAAAGUCCGGCUGAUUUUAUGAUGGAGGUUGCGUCUUGCAAAGUUAAGCCAUCCAAAAGAGAGACUUCAAUAUUGGUUGAUGAGCUAUUUGAUGCAUGGGAAGAAUAUAGGAGGGGAGGAAAGCCCACACUCCUUGAUUCUGAUAAAAAACGUCCUGCUGAUACGUAUAUAAAUAUGGGAAAAGAAACUUCGAUUACAUUUGGGCAAAAGAUCAAAUUAGCCUUCUUAUCAUUUCACAUUCCAUUUAUUCAUCUUAUUCAAGAUGUUUAUUACUAUAUCACAGACUUAUUAUUUGAAUUCAUUGAAUUUCUUCGGAGAUUUUUCCUUUUUUGUAUGAAAGAUCCAAUUCGAGAAACUCCAAAUGUUUUUGUAUCCUUUGUUUUGUUGUUUAAACGAGCUUGUUUACAAAUUUAUAGAAAUAGAACCCAAUUUUUAUUGGACCAGUUAUUGCAUAUAGGAUGCGGUGCUUUUAUUUCUCUUGCUGCCAGUAAUUUUACGUAUAUUGGAAAGGCACCUAUAGAACUUUGUGCUAUAACUCCUGCCGUAAUUGCUCCAGCUUGUUUAUUGGCAAAAGAUUCUCUGCAGAGUGCUGGAGUUUUCUUGGCUCUUGGUGUGACAUUCGCAGGAAUUUCAGCCGGAGGUUCAACAUUUGGUUACGAAAAGGUGGUAUAUUGGCGUGAUACCGCGUCAGGAAUGCGAACGAUUCCGUACUUUUUGUCGAAAUUCAUUGCAGACAUACCUAGGAUAGUUUUGGCAGCAUUUAUGUUCUCAAUCGCAUUUGUUUUAUUCUACCCCUUUUUGUCUAAAUUCACGGAAUUAUAUUCUAUCGUCUUAUUAUCCUAUUGGACUGCGUGGUCAAUGGGUUAUUUCCUAUCAGCAUUAGUUACCAAAGAAAAACUCGGAUUGAUAGGAACCGGAUUCGCUUUAGCUUGGGGAUUGGUUUUUUCUGGAGCAAACCCAAAAUUAGACGAGGUCAAAAACGGGGAAUCAUACGAGUAUAUUCGAUGGCUCUGGGACAUUUCUACUCCAAGAUGGGCAGUUGAAGCUCUUUACCUUAAAGAACUUUAUCCAAGAUGGUGGUAUGAAAUUCAUACGUCACCAUUAAGUUAUACCUAUAGCUUUUCGGAUUAUCCAAUCUGUAUGAGAAAUAUCGUAAUAAUUUCUGUGUCAUGGGCCGUCGCCGCCUUCUUCGCCAUGAAAUUAACUAAUCGUGAUAAGCAGAAAUAA